UGAAAGCUCCAUUCCCAACAAAUGAAGCAACUUAUUAUUACUCCAGGUUUUCAAAAACUUUAAGCUAACAGUCAACCUUAUCGAUAACAGAAAACAUUUUGUCCUAAAGACCAAUUUAUGACCACGGAAUCAAAUUUGUGCUUCAGAAUCUCUACAGAACGAGCCCAGAUUUGUCGACUUUGGCGAAAAUUUGAGCCUUUUCUGGCCUGAUUAGGAUAUCUCUGCCUUUUUAAAUAAAUUCAAGUUGUGCGAGGUUCGAGUAUUCGCGAGCCCUAAAAUUGAAGAAAAUUGGUGCACAGUAGCGGAAGUCUUGACAAGUGUUGCCCAUGAUGCGGCCAGCUCUCUUCUUUAUUCAGGAUAGUUGAAAAUAUAGGAAACCAAAUAGAAAUUGUCUCUGAAUUAUAAAUAACUGUGACACCAUAAACUGUGUUAAGUAGGCAGUUGUAUAAUUCUGCCGAAUUAUUUGCCGCUUGUUGACUGAGCAGAAUGAUGGGCUCUGAGAAUGAUGAGGCUCAAGAAGCCCAUUUGUUUACAUCCCCGGAUGUAAUGGAAAGUCUCAUUUUGGAUCAGUCUCCGCAGACAUUUAUGUCCAUUAACAGUGAUUACAGGAGUGCAAUGACAUCCCAGGAUGAGAUUCAUUCAUUCCCUCCUGAAGACCCCUUGCAUUCAAGCCUUAAGAAUUCUAACGGCUUGGAUCGCAGAAGUUUCACUGAUGAGGCUUUUGUAGAACCUCCUUCAUAUGCAGAUGUUGUCUUUACUCCUUUUGGGGAAGAGUCUGUUAUUGGAAAUGGUAACAGUGCAAGAGAAGCAGGGGACUCGUUUUUCUCACAGUUGGACUCAUCGAGUUCAGAGUAUUUGACAAUAACAGUAUCUCAACCUCAGAAGGAGCAAGAAAUUUCAAACACUCUCGUUCCAGGAGGGACCACGUAUGUGACUUAUUUGAUUGUAACUCAUACCAAUAUGUCUGAGUUUGGUGAAGCAGUAUUUAGUGUCAGACGAAGGUUUCGAGAUGUAGUAACACUGGCUGAUAGGCUUGCAGAAUCCUAUAGAGGAUAUUUCAUUCCUCCCCGUCCUGAUAAGAGUGUAGUUGAAAGCCAGGUAAUGCAGAAGCAGGAAUUCAUUGAACAACGAAGAUUAGCAUUGGAGAAAUAUCUUUGCAGAUUGGCUGCACAUCCAUUAAUCAAGAAGAGUGAUGAGUUAAGGUUGUUUCUCAAGGUUGAAGGAAAGCUACCAUUAACCACCACCACAGAUAUGGCUUCACGAAUGCUUGAUGGUGCUGUCAACCUACCUCGACAGCUAUUUGGAGAAGGUAUUCCCACAAUUUCAGCUCAAGAUGUUGCUCAACCAGCAAAGGGAGGGAGGGAUCUUAUUAGAAUAUUCAAGGAACUGAAGCAGUCAGUCACCAAUGACUGGGGAGGAAUAAAGCCUCUUUUUGUUGAGGAAGACAAAGAAUUUUCGGAAAAGAAAGAAAAAUUACAGGAUUUGGAACACGAGCUAAUUGAUGCAUCUCAGCAGGCUGAGAUACUCGUAAAAGCUCAGCAGGAGCUUGGAGAAACAAUGGGAGAACUUGGUCUAGCAUUCAUCAAACUUUCAAAGUUUGAGACUGAGGAGGCUACUUUUAAUGCACAGAGAAUUCGUGCAGCAGAUUGCAAACGUGUGGCCACUGCUGCUGUGAAAGCAAGCCGAUUUUAUCGAGAGGCAAAUGCACAAUCAGUCAAACACUUGGAUAAGCUGCAUGAGUACCUCAGCUUGAUGCAGGCUGUACACACAGCAUUCUCAGACAGAUCAAAUGCUUUACUGACUGUACAAACACUCUUAUCUGAUCUCUCUUCAAUGAAUGCCCGAGCUGAAAAGCUGGCUGCUGCUUCCUCAAGAAUCUUUGGAGGUGAUAAGACUAGGAACCGCAAGGUAGAAGAACUAAAAGACACAAUAAAAGUAACAGAAGAGGCACGAGACUGUGCUGUGAAGGAAUAUGAACGCAUCAAGGAAAAUAAUAAGAAUGAACUUGAAAGGUUUGAACAAGAAAGACGCAAUGACUUCUUCAACAUGUUGAAAGGAUUUGUUUAUAAUCAAGUAGGAUACGCAGAGAAAAUUGCCAGUGUCUGGGAAAAGGUUGCACAAGAAACUAGUGGCUAUGCAUGUAGAUCUGAAGAUUCUCUGCCCUUCGGCACUUCUAUCUAGGGUUUCAGUAAAUUGCUGUAAGUAUAAUUUAUAACUCUUUGAAGAAGUUUCAAUCAUUCAAAUGUGUGAAGAGCGCAACAGAAGUUUCAGGAAAGAUGAAUGUAUGUUCAUUUAACUGUGAACCUUGAAGAUCAUUUUUUUUCAAUCCCGAGUUCCUUUGCAACUUAUGGCACACAAUGCAGUAAGUCGUGAAUGUGUAACAUUAUAAAAUAUAAUAAAAUGAAAGGAUGAUUGAAGGCAUUUGUCCUGUAGAUUUAUGCACUACAGGACAUGCUUAAAAAUGGCAUUAAAUUCAUGGAAGCCAUAUGUCAUGGAGGUGUCAAUUUUUGUUGUUCCACUUCAUAUAGAGUUUGUGAUGGAAUCUCUUGUAAUGCAAGACAACUCAGUCUUUUCGAUAGCCAUCUAUAUUUUUGAGAAUAUAGAUUUGGUUUCAUGUUGUAAACUCUAUAUAGAGAUUUUACAAGUCUAAGAAAAAAUGUAUUGCAUAUUUUCCUUUCUAA